AUGGGCAAGCUUGGCCUUGUUGACUUUAAUCAAACCACACACAUCCACUGCAAAGAGUGUUCUUCUACUUUUCAAACAAGACCUUCUAAAUGUCCAACUCCUAAUUGUAAAUCAAGGUUAUUCGGAGAUUGUCCACUUUGUCUUAAAUCAGUAUCACUCACCAACAUCUCAAAGCAUAAAUGUCGGUUCGAAAGCAGGAUUUUGAUUUCCAAUACUUCUAACAUUGAUAUUCAAAAUAUCAGUUCGGAACAUGUCACUUUUAUUGCAGAACAAAAUGGAAUAGGGACUCCAUUUGCAAAAUUAGAGAAACCUAUUUCAGAUAUGACCUCUAAUGACGCCAAUGAAACCGCUCAACAAGUUUUAGACCAAUUUUUCAAAGUAGGAGGAAAUGUCUCUCAUUUAUUAACUCACUCCCAAAUGCGAUCAUAUUUCAGAGAUUUACGAUCAACAAAUUAUCAAAGAGGAGUCCGAGCUGGUGUUAAAGGAAUAGUUGCGAAAUUAAAAAAAAAAAUUAAGGACCGAAAUUCACAAUUAGAAGGCACUAAUUUAUCCUCAAAUCAAAUUAAGAUGCUUCAACGAGUAUUGUUUGAGGAAAAUAAUGAAGAUAUUGAAUCAAGAAAAAAAAUCGAUCGCACAAUGAAAAAGUUAAACUCCAAACUUGAACCAAUUUCAGACAAGGUUAUUUUGAAUCUUCUUGCUUUCUAUAUGAACACUUUAAACAAAUCUACAAAUGACAUUCAUAAGGCCAUUUCAGAUGCAUCAAAUUUUUAUGAUAUAAGUGGAGGGAACAUGUUAUUUUAUACUGAGCGAAAAGAAAUUAUUGAAAAACAUCUCGUGAAUUUUGAAUCAAUUUGGGGGCGAAUUGGAGAAGCGUUAUUGAAGCAAUUUAAUAUCACGAUAUCAAAAGGAUCUAUUGCUUACAACGUCAGAGCGUUAUUUCACAAAUACGGGUUUAAUUCAAUAACGCCAACAAGGAUGAGAGGGAAAAAACAUUCAUGUAACGGAAUAAGAGCAAACUUGGCUUUCGAUGUCACAAAUAUGAGAAAGGAAAAUUUACAACAAAUCCCUACCCCAAAAACAAUCGUCGAAGAUAAUGGGAAAAUAUUAGGAGCAGAAUUAGAUAUUCUUGAGCAUUUUAAAUAUAUUUUAAUAAGCUGCCUUGAUCAUGAUUGUUUUACGGGUGAAACUUUAGAAAAAGCGAAAAAAGAACCUGUUGACUGUUGUGCCGCUUGGUGGGGAGACUCAACUGGAAACAUGGGGCACAAUAAUUCAAUGUUUUGUGGAAGCAUUGGAUUGCUGCAUGGAUUGAGCGCUACUUUUAAACAAGAUCGUAAAAUCCAACAAUUUGUAAAUCAACAACAUAUUUCUAUGAUGGGAUAUUUCAAAGAUUCCAGUAAGCACUUUACUAAGGUACUCCAAAAAGUGGGAGAGAGCUUUUUUAAACUUGGAACAAACACCAUUCAAGCUGAAUAUAAGGGGGAAAAGUAUCUAUUUAAUGUCAGGAUUACAAAAAUCAAAGGAGAUGCUCCGUUCUUACAAAAAGUUCUGAAUAACAAGCAAGGAGGGAAUCAAGCAUGCUUUCUUUGUGAUGAUUAUAAGGAACUAUGGAGAACAUCCCAAUAA